AUGGCCGUCAAAGGACACAAGCAGGCCACACCAACCGCUGGCAGCUGCGCCACCCCCUUGGCAGUGAUCUGCUGGGCUGACUCUCCACAGCCCUGCACUCAUGAUGAGCCCCCCCUGCCACGGCUUAGCCUCCUAGCGAGCACCAGCCUGCCCAGAAGCCCCAGACGCUGUGUGCCAGGUCAUCCCAGCAAGGCUACACCAGAGGACCUGUUCUACCUCUUGUCCCGCAGUGUUGUCCAUUACAACCAACCAGACGUGGUGCUGGAGUGCCUGGGAAGCCAGUGGGAGCUGCACUGCCCUAAUCUCACCAAGUCAGGCACCCUAAGCGACCUCUACAUGUCAACCAGACAGCAGAGGGCAAGGAGCCUUCAGGACAGAGCAGGAAGUGGUAAGAGUGGGAAAGACAAGUCAUACAGCCGACCUGGCAGCAGCAACUCCAGCAGAGACAGACAGAAUGGGAAGAAACCCACAGGCCCCCUGGUCCUCCAACUCUCUGUGAAAGAAGCCACCGUCACCAAAGAGGCCCUCUCCUUUGCCCUCAGGACCCUCUAUAACCCAGAGGCAUGUCCUGAACACUGGGGAGAGGGGGUGCUCUCUACCGCCGCCCUGCUGGGCCUGCCACACCUUUUCCAGAGGGUCUUUGCUGCCUGUGAGUACCAGCUCCUGAAGACAGUGCUGUACUGGGUAUUCCUACAGUUCAACCCUGCAGCUCAGAUCCUUCCCUCCCAUAGGUUCAUUAUGACCUUCUUCUCCAGUUGGCCAAGGGCUGGCGUCUUCUUGGAACAGCCUGUGGGACAGAGGUUCACCAUUCUCUUCCGGGCCCUUCGCUUACAUGGCAUCACUCAACGAGCCCAUCUAGAGGAGAUGCAGCAGAUCCAUGUCUUUCCUCAGUCCUGGCUGCUCCUCAUCUUCUCCAAGCACUACUACACUCUCCACAGUGGAGGAGACAUGCAAGUAACAGAUUUCUCCCAACAAGCAGUGCGCUUCGGCAUGGUCAUUGAGAGGGAGCCUCAAUACUGCACACGAAGCAUUGGACUGUAUGGCUUCUACUUCCUACUUAAAGCAGCCAGCAUAGGAGAGCUGGACUCGCAUGGCUUCUCUCUGCAGAGACUGAAACACUGGGACCCUGCCAUGUCUGUGCGGGCGUGUGAGAGGCAUCCUUUCAGUAUGAUGACAGAGCGGGCCUUGUCCUAUCAGAUCAACGUGCAGGCCCAUGUGCACGGCCAGUGGCAGGAGUUCAACAGUGGUCCCAUCAACCAGGAGUUUGGCCUGACCAAGCGCACCUGCAAGAGCCAGGUGUUUAAAGUGAGGGGCCUCAGCUUGCCCAUCUUCGUGACCUUCGCCCUGGCCUUCGCUGCAGUCUGA